GCGCUGUGGGCGGCAUCAUGGCGUCCAGGCCCAAGCGGCGGGCCGUAGGCGGUGGGGAUCCCCUGCCGCCGGUCGUCCCGGCCCAGCGCGACGAGGAAGAAGAGGACGAUGAAGUCGAGGAUGAGGACGAAGACGAUGAAGACAGCGACGAAGAAGAGGAGGAAGACGCCGAGAUCGUUGGCGAGGAAGUGAAUAUUGAAUUUGAAGCUUAUUCCAUCUCAGAUAACGAUUAUGACGGAAUUAAGAAAUUACUGCAGCAGCUUUUCCGAAAGGCUCCUGUGAACACUGCAGAACUAACAGAUCUCUUAAUUCAACAAAACCAUAUUGGGAGUGUGAUUAAGCAAACAGAUGUUUCAGAAGACAGUGAUGAUGGUGUGGAUGAAGAUGAGAUUUUUGGUUUCAUAAGCCUUUUAAAUUUAACUGAAAGAAAGGGUACCCAGUGCACUGAACAAAUUAAAGAGUUGAUUCUGAGCUUCUGUGAGAAGAACUGUGAGAAGAGCAUGGUUGAACAGCUGGACAAGCUUUUAAAUGACCCCAGCAAGCCUGUGGGCCUUCUGCUAAGUGAAAGAUUCAUUAACGUCCCUCCGCAGAUUGCUCUGCCUAUGCACCAACAGCUUCAGCAAGAACUAGUGGAGGCACAUAGAACCAAUAAGCCGUGUGGUAAGUGCUGCUUUUACCUUCUGAUUAGUAAGACAUUUGAGGAAGCAGGAAAGAACCAUUCCAAGAAGAAAUGGAGCAACCAAAAGAAAGACGAAUUAAUGUUUGCAAAUGCAGAGGAAGAAUUUUUCUAUGAGAAAGCAAUCCUGAAGUUCAACUACUCAGUACAAGAGGAGAGUGACACUUGUCUGGGAGGCAGAUGGUCUUUUGAUGAUGUGCCGAUGAAGCCCUUGCGAACUGUGAUGUUAAUUCCAGGCGACAAGAUGAAUGAAAUCAUGGAUAAACUGAAAGAACAUCUAUCUAUUUAGCCCAUUUCCCACGGACCGUGAUGGGCUUGUUUUUUUUUAAAUUACCAGAAAACUCAGUGGAGAUUUACUGAAAAACUCAUGACUUUAUUCAGAUUAAGUCUUCUACAAAAAGUAGGGUUCUGUCCUGUGUGUCUAUGAUACAUUUACAAAAUAUCUUUUUAAAAAAAUUUUGGUCAAAUUAUGAAUGGUUGAUUAAAAACUUUUCCAAUAAGAAGAAAAA